GUGCUGAGCAACGCGCGGCUCUUCCUGGAGACCCCCCCCAGGUACGGGAUCCUGGUGGACCCCAUCCAGGUGGUCUCCCUGUUCCUCAAGGACCCCUACAGCUGGCCCGCCCCCUGCCUCAUCAUCGUGGCCAACGCCUUCGCCGUGGUGACCCUUUCCCUGGAGCGACGCCUGGCAGCGGGGACCCUCUCGGAGGGGGCGGGGGCCGCCCUGCACGCCCUGAACCUGCUGAGCAUCCUCUGCUUCCCCGCCGCCGUCGUGCUGCUCGUGCCCUCCGUCACCCCGGUGGGGGCCGUGUUCGCCCUGGCCAUCUACACCAUCCUCUUCCUCAAGCUCUUCUCCUUCCGCGACGUCAACAAGUGGUGCCGGGAACGGCCCCCGAAACCC